AUGUCUUCUCCAGCAGCAGCAGCAGCAGCUAUGCAAUUCUGUACAGCACCAUCAGACAAUCAUGCCAUCUUAGAGCGAGAGCCAUCUUUGUAUGAUCCCUUGGAGGAGCUCAAGCAACAACUGUUGAUCAAAAAGCAUUCGUACAAGCAACAAUAUGCCAGCAUGUACUACGUUCGUCUACUCAAGAUUCGUCAAGCAUUAGCCGAUACCUGUCGAUCAAAAUGGAUGUCAUUGCCUGAGAAACCUCAAUAUAUCAGCAAGAUUCUGGAUAUCCAGCCCGGUGAAUUGUGCUACAUGUUGGGCACCAUCUACUUGGAAAUGCCUGCCAAACCCAACGUCAUGAACAAUCUAGAAGACGACAAUUCCAUCAUCAAUCCAGAGACACCAGACAAGUACAAGAGCGAUGCUGAUAUCGUUUCCUUGGAGGAUGAGUCUGGCAGAGUGGAGAUUUCUGGCAACUGUUUGGAUAGAGAACUCUUGGUGACAGGUAUGAUUGUAGGUAUUUUGGGCAAGGAAGUGGCUACAGGCGCAUUUGAAGCCAUCGAUGUGUGUUUGCCUGGCAUGGCAGAUCAAGAUCCACUACCAGAGCAAGUUGAUGCACAACCCCCAAAGUACGUUGCGCUCUUGUCUGGACUCAAUAUUGGAGCCGAUGAUCAACUUGACAUGAAGAGCCAGUUAUUGGCAGAAUUCCUCUCUGGCGAACUGGGCAGCACUGCAGAUGAAAUGUCCAGUUCAAGUAUAUCGCGAGUCAUUUUAGCUGGCAAUUCCGUAGCAAAACCGACUAAAGAAGUGAAAAAGACCAAGGGACCUAAAAAAUACGGCUACGAUUCUUCCACUUUCAACGCCUCGCCCAUGCUGCAGUUGGAUGAAAUGUUGCAAGAUAUCUGUAGCUCCAUUGACGUGGACAUCAUGCCAGGCCCAACAGAUCCCUCGCCAUUACAUUUGCCACAACAGCCCAUGCACACUUCCUUGUUCAAACAUGCGCACCAGCUCUCCACAUUUCACAGCGUCACCAACCCUUAUUGGUGUAAAGUGGACCAUGUUACUUUCCUAGGCACAUCAGGCCAAAACAUAGACGACAUUUAUAGAUAUGUGGAUACAGUGGAUCGCAUCAAGCUGGCAGAGGUUUGCAUGUAUUGGAGACAUAUGGCGCCAUCAGCACCAGAUACCCUGUGGUCCUAUCCCUUCAAUGAUAGGGAUCCAUUCAUUAUCGAAAAGACACCUCAUGUCUACUUUGUUGGCAAUCAACCUCAGUUUGAAGACAGUCUGUUGAAUGGUCCCAAUGGUCAAACAGUGCGGGUGAUUCUUGUCCCUUCCUUUGCAGAGACUGGUAUUAUGGUACUUGUCAACCUAAAUACGUUAGAAUGCAGCGCUGUACAUAUCAGUGAAAAUGGAAUCCAGCCAGUAAAUGAAGAUAGAAUGGAGACAGACAAUGAGUAG